AGAGCGUUUGCAAGGCACGUCGCUCGCCUCGUAAUCUCCGUCAAAAUCGCCGUCUCUUGUAACGCCGUAAAUGUCUUUAAGCCCUUCUCCUCCUCUUCUUCUUCCUCGUCCCCGUUCUCAAAUGUACGGAUCAGAAACCCUAGAUCCCAAAUCCGAUUCAGACCCUAAAUUUAACCCCGUGCUCCUCCCAUGGCGUCUUUGCUCCGAUCUCCUUUGCCCUGUGGCCUCAACCUCACCGCUUCGACCUCCGAUCACGAAGCAUUCGCCGGGUUCUCCGCGAGCUCUGUGAGAGCUCUCAAGAUCUCCAAUUCGCCGUUGAUUCUGCGGAGACCACGAAAUGCAUAUCUCAGGAUCCUGAGAUCCAAUGAGAAGAGAGUUUAUGUAACAGAGGCUUCAGAAGAGCCUUUUGGCUUGAGCCAAGAAAUCAUAGAUAGUGAACAAAGAUUUGCUGAGAGAGAUACAGUGCUUGAUCCAUUCAAAGAGUUGGAGUACAGGUUUCUGGAUUUCAAAAGGCGAAACUAUGUGGAAAACCUGGUUAAUUAUCAAAAUCUUGCUCAGCAGCAAGCACCAAAGUUCAUGGUAGUUGCAUGUGCAGACUCUAGGGUCUGUCCUACCAGUAUUUUGGGGUUUCAACCUGGAGAAGCAUUUACAGUUCGGAAUGUAGCAAACUUGGUUCCACCGUUUGAGCAUGGGGCCUCAGAAACUAAUGCGGCACUUGAAUUUGCUGUAAAUUCUCUUGAGGUUCCAAAUAUCCUAGUCAUUGGUCAUAGUCGUUGUGGGGGCAUUCAGGCUCUCAUGAGUAUGAAAGAGAAUGCUGAGUCGAGGAGCUUCAUCAGAGAUUGGGUUUCAGUUGGGAAGAGUGCAAGAUUAAGCACCAAAGCUGCAGCAGGGGGUCAGAGCUUUGAAAUGCAAUGCAGGCAUUGUGAAAAGGAAUCAAUCAAUGGGUCAUUGCUGAACUUGCUAACAUACCCGUGGAUUGAGAAAAGGGUAACCGAGGGAGCCCUCGCGCUGCAUGGGGGCUACUAUGACUUUGUCAAUUGCAACUUUGAGAAGUGGACCCUCGUGUACAGGAAAGGAUUAGAGGGGGGUAGCAAGUAUGCCAUUAAGGAUCGAUGUUUGUGGUCCUAAAAAUGUAAGAACUUUAUCACCAGUACCGGGUCCGGCGCUCCGCCUGUUGACCAACCUGUCCAGCCCAUCUUCAUCCAGACUCUAUCAUUGCCGGGAGUAGGGAUCGAUAUCAGCCAGAUGUGGGCAAUAGUUAUACCUUCUUUCUAAAAUUUGUUCUGGGUAUAAUUCUGUGGUUUAAAUUAAAACAUCCCCUUUGCAGUUGUAUAACUUGUAUUCUGCAUGUUGUAAUCCUGUAUAUUUUAUGUGAAUCCUCGUAAAUGUCUUCGGACUAUUUCUCUUUAAAUCAACCCUGCAUAUUCUCUUUUUCUC